AUGAUCAAACAUAAACGAUUCAAGGAUAAGACAAAGCUGCAACUUCCGCGAGUGAUAAUCGACAUAAACAAUCGCAAGCCCAGUAGUUGGUCUCAUUCUUCGCAAUCAACAGUUGGUCACGAGACCAGGUACUGCAUAGCAGCCAUACUCUCUGUUACCGGAGACUGGAUAGUUCACGCCACACAUAUACAGCCCAGCCAUCAAGAAGACAGGGCGGGAUCUACUAUCGGAAAGACAACCAGACAAAGGAUUAUAGGAUCCGGCUCCGGGCUUGAGUACCUUAGGAGGAUGUAUCUUAGGCCUUCUGAGAGCGCCGAGCUAGAUUGUGUGUGA